GGCGGCGGUAAUGAGUCGUUUCGGUAUUUACUCACCGACAUAAAACCAGCGAAGAAGACGACAACUCCAGAGCCAAACCGUUGUUGAUUUUUUUUUUUUGCUUUGCUCAUCCAUGUUUGUAAACGUUAAGUUACAGCUUUGGUAGAAAGCACACGAAAUGAGACGCCUGGGUUCCGUACAGCAGAAGAUACCGUGUGUGUUUCUGACAGACGUGAUGGAAGAACAGUCCAGAAAACGCGACUGUCAGCAAUUUCAGGUUGUUGCCACAGAAAAUGUGAACCCUGUUGCUCUGCAGGCUAACAUACAUAGUGCGCUUGCCACUGAAAAACUUGAUGGCACCUGUUGCUAUGUUACAGUUUAUAAAGGGCAGCCUUACCUGUGGGCUCGACUUGACAGAAGACCAAACAAACAAACAGAGAAGAGGUUUAAAAAGUACCAACAUUCUCACAAAAGUUGUAAAGGCUUUCUUUCAGGUUUCACGUGGAACAUAGAGGAAGAUUUUAAACCGGUGCCAGAAACAUGGAUCCCAGCUCAUGGAGUCAAACAUCACAGCGGCCGUCCAGUGCCCGAUGAACAUGGACAUAUUCCAGGCUGGGUUCCAGUGGAGAGAGACAACAAGCAGUACUGCUGGCACUCCUCUGUGGUGGAUUACAACGUUGGGCUUGCUCUUGUUCUCAGGCCUCGACGUGACAACGAAGACAUGUUAGAAAUCACAUCAGUCCCAUUAGCUGAGCUCCAGGAACAAACACUGGAGCUUAUUGGAACCAAUGUCAAUGGGAACCCCUAUGGGCUGGGCAGCAAAAAACAGCCUGUCCACUGCCUGGUUACACAUGGGAGUGUCCCAAUCAGAAACCCACCACCUGUGGACUUCCAGCAGCUGUGCUCCUGGUUUCAUGAGAAUCCAGACGGUCGAGUUGAGGGCAUAGUCUGGCACUGCAGUGACGGCACUCUCAUCAAGGUCCAUCGUCAUCACCUGGGACUGAAGUGGCCAGAAGCGAACACUUGCCUUGGUAACAAGCCGACGGCCAUCCGUGUUGACGCUUAUGGCAGCACGGAGUUGUUUACAUCGUUUGUAGCACUAAAUGGACACUGCUUCAGCCGGCUUCAGGACAUUCACUUUGAGCUAUAAGUCCAUGCGGUCUUGUGAGGAUCUGCCGCUUCGCUGAUAGAUCCUUGAUAUUUCAUCUGUAAUUCCAUGCGAGUGAUUUACAAUCCUAUACUCAUAUAGAUAAAUUUAUUCCACAGAAACCAGUUAAGAACUGCUGCUUUUUGAAUUCAUGAAAGUCUUAAGAGUAGCUUACAGUGAGUGAGCUGUUAGUGGAAGAAAUAAGGAGAAAACUGACUGCCAAAGUUUAACGUUUGGCACCCAAAAGAAACGGUGGAGUGAAUCAAAACUUAAGAUGGUUUUUGCAGAGAUGUGUACUGCUUUAAUGUAAAAAUAACUGACCAACUUGGCUUUUUUUUUUUUUUUAGCAAGUUAAGUUAUUAAAGGGAACCCCAGGCACUGCUUGCCUGUGCCAAUCGUAAUUUCACUGUAUAAUAAAAAUUAGAAUUCUAUUAAUGUUUUUAUCACGCGGUUAUGCGAUGCCAUGGAUAGCUGCUGCCAUAAAACUGAGCUCUUUACAACAAACGCUCUCAGUAGCCGCACAGACACCAGUAGUUUUCCCUCACUCUCGCGUCCUCGUGUGACAGAUUGUUUUCAUCUUCAUCUAAAAUAAGUGCUGGUUGACUAUUUUCAUUCUCUCUCUCUCGGAUUGUUCUGGUUCAAACUGGAAACGUUGAACUGAAGCCAGUUCCAGUGCGCUGCUAACUGAACUCGAUGCGGUGCAACCGUGUGACGUCACUACCCAGAGUACAUUGAGAAGUAAAUAACAAUGGCGGCCUACUGGUAAAUCGGUUUUAUAUAAAAUGUGCUUAAAAGGAAAACAUUUGGCGUAUUUUAAUACCACAUGUUAUUGAAAGCACAGUGCAUAUUUUAGCGCAAACAUGUCUUAAUAGCUGGGGUUCCCUUUAAAAAUGACCACUUUAUAUAUACUGUAUCCCAAAACUCAU